GCCGUUCAGGGGGGCGGGGAUUUCGCGCUAUGAGGCCUGUGACUUUAAGGGGCAGGGCUGCGCUGGCUGUGGCGGAGGCCGAUUGGCUGGAAGGAGUCCACGGAAGUGACGCAGGGAGAAGCCCACGUGUGCGAUUCCACCCCACAUGGCGGCGCUCCUGAAGAGACUGUUGCAACACUGGAGGCCCUUGGCGGCCUCAGGCCGCCCCGUGGGACGGCGUGAGGCCAGCUUGGGCACUGAUACCGGGGUUGCGGUGCGAGUGCGGUUCGCUCCCAGCCCCACAGGCUUCUUGCACCUGGGUGGCCUCCGCACUGCCCUGUACAACUACAUCUUUGCCAAGAAGUACCAGGGGAGCUUCAUCCUGAGGCUGGAGGACACAGAUCAGACUCGCCUUGUGCCGGGGGCAGCAGAGAAUAUUGAGGACAUGCUGGAAUGGGCAGGCAUCCCCCCUGAUGAGAGCCCGCGCCGGGGCGGUCCUGCUGGGCCCUACCAGCAAUCUCAGCGAUUAGAGCUAUAUGCCCAGGCCACAGAAGCGCUGCUAAAGACCGGAGCUGCUUACCCCUGUUUCUGCUCGCCCCAGAGGCUGGAGCUCCUGAAGAAGGAGGCUCUGCGGAACCACCAGACACCCCGGUAUGACAAUCGGUGCCGGAACCUGAACCAGGAGCAGGUGGCCCAGAAGCUGGCCAAGGACCCCAAGCCUUCCAUCCGCUUCCGCCUGGAGGAGGCAGCGCCAGCCUUCCAGGACCUGGUGUAUGGCUGGAACAGGCACGAUGUGGCCAGUGUGGAGGGAGACCCAGUCAUCAUGAAGAGCGAUGGCUUUCCCACAUACCACCUGGCCUGCGUGGUGGAUGACCACCACAUGGGCAUCAGCCACGUGCUGCGGGGCUCUGAGUGGCUCAUCUCCACUGCCAAGCACCUGCUCCUCUACCAGGCCCUGGGCUGGCAGCCGCCCCACUUCGCCCACCUCCCCCUGCUCCUCAACAGGGAUGGCAGCAAGCUCUCCAAGAGGCAAGGGGACAUUUUCCUGGAGCACUUUGCUGCUGAUGGCUUCCUGCCCGAUUCCUUGUUGGACAUCGUCACCAACUGUGGCUCGGGUUUUGCAGGGAACCAGAUGGGCAGGACUCUGCCGGAGCUGAUCACACAGUUCGACCUGACCCAGAUCACCUGCCACUCAGCCCUGUUGGACUUGGAGAAGCUCCCAGAAUUCAACAGGCUGCACCUCCAGCGGCUGGUGAGCAGUGAGAGCCAGAGGUGCCUGCUGGUGGGGAAGCUACAGGCCCUUGUGGAGGAGGCUUUUGGGAGCCAGCUGCAAAACAGGGAUGUCCUCAACCCAGCCUACAUGGAGAGGAUCCUCCUGCUGAGACAGGGUCACAUUUGCCGCCUGCAGGACUUGGUGUCCCCAGUGUACUCCUACCUGUGGACUCGCCCUGCGGUGGGUCGAGUGCAGCUGGAAGCUAUCUCAGAGAAAGUGGAUGUGAUUGCCAAGCGUGUGCUGGGGCUUCUAGAAAGAUCUGGUAUGACCUUAACUCAGGAUGCGUUGAGUGGAGAACUGAAGAAGCUUUCAGAAGGCCUGGAAGGCACCAAGCACAGUAAUGUGAUGAAACUCCUCCGGGUGGCCCUCAGUGGACAGCAGCAAGGACCUCCUAUAGCUGAGAUGAUGGUGUCUUUGGGACCAAAAGAAGUAAAGGAACGAAUCCAGAAGGUGCUUUCCAGCUAGGGAGAGGAUGUGUCCGGCAGUGGAGAUUGCCCUAAGAACCUGUGACCUUAGAAACAGCCUUCAGAGACCAAAAGGAGACCUGGGACCUAUCGGGAAGUUCGCCGAAGGAACUGAGAGUGAAAACAAUCUGUGACUGCACACAAGUGCAUUUAUGGCUCCACCACAGGCCCAUCCUUGCCAGUUGGCUGGGGAAGCCCAACCCAUCUCCUUGACUCUGGAAAGGCAUUCUCCGUGACUGGUUUUUCACACAUUACACAGAGAAGGGUAGGAGUUAGUUCAUGGAAAAGCUGACAUCCCAGAACAGUGCAGAAGGCUUGGGUUUCAGUUUGCUAGGGCCACCAUAACAAAGUACCACAGAACCAGGUGGUUUAAACAACAGAGAUUUAUUUUCUCACAUUUCUGGAGGCUAGAAGUUCAAGAUCAAGGUAUCAGCAGGCUUGGUUUUUCCUGAGGCCUCUCUUCUUGGCUUGCAGACAGCUGUCUUCUUACUGUUUUCCUGUGCGGUCUUCCCUCCACGCACACACAUGUCUGGUUUCAUUAUGUGCCCAAUGUUCCUCUUCUAGGAGCACCAGUCAGACUGGAUUAGGGCCCACUCCAUCCUACCAGCCUCAUUUUAACUUAAUACCCUCAUUAAAUGCUCAGUUUCCAAGUGCAGUCUCAUUCUGAGGUGCUGGGGUUUCUCAUUGUAAGAAUUUAGGGGGACACAAUUCAGCCCAUAGCAGCUGGGCAGCAGGACUCAUGGGUCCCAGUUCUCAGGCCCCAAGGACUCAGAACAGUGAAGGAGAUGUGACACAAGCAGGGCUGAACUGGACGCCAGACUUUCUUUGGGGUUGUAAAGGGAAAAGUGAACUCCACUGCCAAGGGUAAGCGCCCUUGUCUUAUGCUACCCUUUAUUCUUGAACCUUGGGGCAGCCUGUGUCUCCCUUCCCUAAAUGUCAUCUGUUCCUGUUUUCCAGUUCUCCAGACCUGGUCCUUGGACUGGAGACCUCCACCCCGCCUAUUUUGUGGCUUUCGCUUCAAAUCCAUCUCUUCCUUCCUCCAUGACUUGUAAGUCAUCAUCUCUGCUGGUUUCUGAAAUGAGAUAACGCUUCUUGGGGUCUUCAGUGAAGAGGAAUAACAAAAGUGAAAGCAGGAUGGUGCCAGGAUACACAAAUGCCUAUGAGGCUUCUAGGCUUCCCCUGCGUGACAGCCAGCCUCUAAGAUGGCCCCCAACCAUCCUUUCUUUCUACUGUUCACACCCUUGUGUGGUUUCUUCUCACAGUGAAUAGGCCUGACUUGUGUAACCAUUAUGCUGUUGAAGAAAUGAGAGUUUGACUUCUGAGGGUAAGUCGUAAAAUACAUCAUGGCUUCUGUUUUGUUCUCUUGGAUCACUUACUUUGGGGGAAGCCAGCUUCCAGAUCUUGAAGAUACCCAACAACAGCCAUGGUAGUGUGCCAUCCUGGAAGCUGGUCCUCUAUUUCCAGCCAGUCAUUCGCGUGACUGCAGUCCUGGCUGAUCUUGACUGUGACCUCUAUAGGAGACCCUAAGCCAAAACCACUCAGAGAAGCUGCUCUGGAAUUUCAGACACACAUGAACUGUGAGAUAGUAAAUGUUUAUACUUGGUUUGGGGAUAAUUUGCUCUCUGACAGUAUACAAUAUAUUUCUUUUGUCCAGGGAAGUAGAGAGAAAGGCGAUCACAGAGUUUGUUGAGCCCCAUAGAGUCCUAGUCUUUGCUUAAAGAAUAUACCCAGCUGGACAUGAUGACUCACACCUGUAAUCCCAGCACUUUGGGAGGCCGAGGCAGGUGGAUCCACUUCCCAGGAAGUGGAGGUUGCAGUGAGCCAAGAUCAUGCCAUUUAUACUCCAGCCUGGGGGCAGAGUAAGACUCCGUUUCAAAAAAAAAAAAACUUUUUACUUAUUUGAAGUACAUACUAUAAUCAGAAUUAUAGAGGCAGAACGUACAAUGGUGGUUGUCGGGCUUGGGGAGGCAGAAAUGGGAAGUUACUGUUUAGGGUAUAGAGUUUGAGUUUUACAAGAUGAAAAGUUACGGGGGGCCAAUGGUGGUGAUAAUUGCACAACAUUGUAAAGAUAUUUAAUGCCACUGAACUGUACACUUAAAAAUGACUGAGAUAGUAAAUUUUUAUGUUUUCUGCAUUUUACCACAUUUUUUAAAAAAUGGUAAAUUAGAGGUGGGCGUGGUGGCUCACACCUGUAAUCUCAAUACUUUGGGAGACCAAGGUGGGUGGAUCACUUGAGGCCGGAAGUUCUAGACCAGUCUGGCCAACAUGGUGAAACCUUGCCUCUACUAAAAAGUACAAAAAUUAGCCAGGUGUGGUGGCACUUACCUGUAAUCCCAGCUACUUGGGUGGCUGAGGCACGAGAAUCACUUUAACUCCCAUUGUAUUCCAGCCUAGGGAACAGAGCAAGACUCUGUCUCAAGAAGAAAAGUGAAAUUAAUAAAACUACUCCUUCCUCAAGUUGACUGUGCUGUGCUGUCUGGAAAGCAGCUCCAGACGUCUGUCUGCUGUUUGGGGGUUUUGCUCAGGAUCAGUAGGAUUGGUUUAUUGUUUUUUAUUUUUAUUUUUUUAAAGAGAGAGGGUAUUGCUCUGUUACCCACACUGGAGUGCAGUGGCACAAUUAUAGCUCACUGCAGCUUGAACUCCUGGGCUCAAGUAAUCCUCCCAUCUCAGCCUUCUGAGUAGCUGGGAUCACAGGUGCAUGCCACCACACCAGUCUUAAGUAAAAGUGUUGGAAGGAAUUUCACUUUUUUUUUUUUUUUUUUUUUUGAGAUGGAGUCUCAAUCUGUAGCCCACCAGGCUGGACUGCAGUGGCAUGAUCUCAGCUCCCAGAUCCUGGUUCAAGCAAUUCUACUACCUCAGCCUCCCAAGUAACUGGGAUUACACGUAUGAGCCACCACGUCCAGCUAAUUUUUGUAUAUUUUUGGUAAACAUGGGGUUUCACCAUAUUGUCCAGUUUGGUCUUGAACUCCUGACCUCGUGAUCCACCCACCUCAGCCUCCCAAAGUGCUGGGAUUACAGGAGUGAGCCACCAUGCCCGGCCUUCACAUGUUUUAAAUAACCUCAAGCCUAUCCCCGGUGUUUUGAGAGUAUAAUGAAAAUACCAUUAUUUUCAUCCUUAGAAACAGUGAUCUUGGUGGCGAUCCAUUAAAACACACUUAGACCAACUGAAACUAUGAAAGGAAUUUGUUGGAAGAAUUAGGACUCUCACAGAUCUAAAGGGCAGGACUUCCAACUGGACCUCACAAGAGAAUGGAAUCUGCGCCAAGAAACCUGUUGGGGUGGAAGGAAGCCAUUCAGCCCUCUGAGAUGGCAGUUUCUAGCAUUUAUCCCCUCUGUGUGUCUGUUCCCCUCGUUUUCCCUCUGCAGGCUGCCUUUCUCUUUAUCUCUGCAGUUGGCCAACAGCUGCCGCAGCCCUGAAGCUAAAUCAUCUCUCUUCUCCUACACUACUAAUUAUUUUAAAAUUUUAAUUAAAUUAUUUAAUUUAACCAGUAUUCCACAUACAGACUCAAAGGGGUGAAUCCAAUUGGCCUAGCCUGGGUCAGCCAUCUACCCCUGGUCAGUGAGAGUCAUAUUCUAUGAUCUUGGCUGCAAGGUCCUGGGUUUGAGCCCCAGUGGAACCAUGGCAUGAUCUACCUUUGCCAGGCACGGUGGCUCACGCCUGUAAUCCCAGCACUUAGGGAUGCUGAGGUGGGCGGAUCACCCGAGGUCAGGAGUUCGAGACCAGCCUGACCAAUAUGGUGAAACCCCAUCUAAAAAAAGAAAAAUAUAUAUAUAUCUUGGCUGCAAGGGACUCACUUUAGUGAGUGGGAGACCAGUUCCUGGGCAACAUGGUGAAACCCCCAUCUCUACAAAAAAAUGCAGAAAUUAGCUGGGCUAAUGGCUCUUUGCCAGGUUAAAGGUCUAAGCAUUUCAUCCCAUGCAAAUAAUAAAACCCAGAUUCAAGGCAGCUUAUCCUACUUAGCAGGAAGUUCACGGGUAAGGCAGGUUGCAGGGUUGGUUAAUUUUCCGUAUGGUGACAUUGGUGAGGACCCUGGGUCCUUCUCUCUCGCUGGUCUCCUGGCCACAGCACCUGCAGCAGCCAUGGUUGGCUGCCUGCAGCAGCUGGCCUUUGCUCUUCCUCCUUCAUUUCUGCUGCGGAGAGGGUGGCUUUCUAUGGCUCUCUCCCUACAGUAAGGAAACCCCUCUCUAAGUACCCACCCUCUACUCAACUUCCAAAUUUUUAGCCAUCCUUGCUUGGGAAGUGAGAGUCUCCAUAAAUCAGUCAGACCCCGAGCUGGAGAUGAAGGGGGUCUGCGUGUCCCUGAGGUGUGCGUGGCUGGGUGGGGAGUGGACGGCACCUCAGCAAAGUUUGGGUUCAGUUAAUGAAGGCAAGGAGUUGGGUCUUUAUGAGGUGGGAGAUACAGAGCCAUUGAAAUGUGUUGGGCAGGGAAGUGACAUGAGCAGAUGUGUGUUUUUUGGAAAGGUCAUUCUGGCAGCUAUGCUGAAGAGAGAUUUAAGCAGGGCCAGAUGGAAGCAAGGAGCCCUGGUAGGAGGAGACUGGAAAGUAAGGCACAGAAAGGGCUGCUUUCACAAUAAAUCCAUGUUCUCUCAUCACGACCUCCAAGGGCUUGUAUUAGGGUUCCCCAGAGAAACAGAACCAACAGGAUAUAUAUCUAGGAAGAGAUUUAGUACAAGGUAGUGGCUCACCAAAUUAGAAGCUGAAAAGACUGAGUGUGGUAGCUCAUGCCUGUAAUCCCAACACUUUGGGAAGGCUGGGCAGGAGGACUGCUGGAAUCUAAGAGUUUGAGACCAGUCUGGGUAAUGUAGUAAGACCCCAUCUCGGGCAGGGCGCGGUGGCUCAAGUCUGUAAUCCCAGCACUUUGGGAGGCCGAGGCAGGUGGAUCAUGAGGUCCAGAGAUCGAGACCAUCCUGGUCAACAUGGUGAAACCCCGUCUCUACUAAAAAUAAAAAAAAUUAGCUGGGCGUGGUGGCGCGUGCCUGUAAUCACAGCUACUCAGGAGGCUGAGGCAGGAGAAUUGCUUGAACCCAGGAGGCGGAGGUUGCGGUGAGCCGAGAUCACGCCAUUGCACUCUAGCCUGGGUAACAAGAGUGAAACUCCGUCUCAAAAAAAAAAAAAAAAAAAGACCCCAUCUCUACAAAAAAAUAGAAAAAAAAUUGGCUGGGUGUGGUGUCCCAUGCCUGUAUAAGUCCCACCUACUAGGGAGGCUGAGGUGGGAGGAUCACUUGAGCCCAGGAAGUUGAGGCUGCAGUGAGCUGUGAUUGCACCAUUGCACUCCAGCCUGUGCAACAAAGCAAGGCUUGUCUCAAAAAAAAGGUCAGACCUGAUGGCUUAUGCCUGUAAUCAUAAUCCCAGCACUAUGGCAGGCUGAGGUGGGAGGGUUGCCUGAGCCCAGGAGUGCAAGACCAGCCUGGGCAACAUAGGGGGACCCCAUCUCUACAAAAAAUUUAAAAAGGAGCUGGGCAUGGUGACACAUAUACCUAUAGACCUAGCUGCCUGAGAGCCUGAGAUGGGAGGAUACUUGAACCCAGAAGUUGGAGGCGGUAACUGUGACUUAUGGUUGUGCCACUGCACUCCAGUGUGGGCAACAGCUAGACUCUGUCUCUAGAAAAAAAAUAAAAAUCAAUAGAGAAGCUGAAAAGUCAUCUGAUCUGCUUCUGCAAGCUGGAGACCCGGGAAAGCCAGUGGUGUGGUUCAAGGGCCUGAGAGCUCGAGAGCCAGUGGUAUAGAUUCCAAUCCAAAUCUGAAGGCCUGCAAUUCAGGAGUGCCAAGGGCAGAGAUUGGUAUUUCAGCUUAAGCUGUGUGUUGGUCUGUCAUUGUGUGACUGUAAAGAAACACCAGAGGCUAGGUACUUUGUUUUUGUUUAAUUAAUCUUUUAUUUUUUGGCAGGCUGAAGAGCGGUGGUGCAAUCUCUGCUUGCUGCAGCCUCCACCUCCUGGGUUCUAGCGAUUCUGCGGUUUCAGCCUGCUAAGUAGCUGGGAUUACAGGCACGUACCACCAAGCCCAGCUAAUUUUUGCAUUGUUAGUUGAGACAGGGUUUCACCAUGUUAGCCAGGCUGAUCUUGAACUCCUGAUCUCAGGUGAUCCUUCUGCCUUGGCCUCCCCAAGUGCUGGGAUUACAGAUGUGAGCCACCAUUCCUGGCCUUUUAAUUUUUUUUUUUUUUAAUAGAGACGGGUGUCAUUAUGUUGUCAAGGCUGAUUUUGAACCCCUGGGCUCAAGCAGUCCUCCUAUCUCAGCCUCCCAAGUAGCUGAGACUACAGGCACUUGCACUACCACACCCAGCUGAUACAUAUUUAUAUAUGUUAUCUCUUUUAGAUUUAAAACAACCCUAUGAAGUAGGCACUUAUCCUUAUUUCUUAGAUGAAAACAACAUAGUUCUGUCUAAUCACAAUGGCCUGCACACCCAAACACUACAUUAAACUCCUCAAACACUUCCUGCGCACUUAGCCUUUGUCCUUUCUGUUGCGGUCUCCAGACCAUCAGCAUCAAUGUCAGCUGGAGAUUUAUUAUAAAGACAAAUUCUUGGGCCUCAUCCCAGACCUGCUAGAUCAGAAACUGUGUGGCGGUGUGUGUGUUCGGUGUGCGAGUCUCCCAUACUGCUCGGAUUACAGGUGUGAGCCACCGUGCCUGGCUGAGAAUUUAUUUAUGGCCAGCUCUUAAACAGAACUAGCUGUGUGCAGUGGCUCACGCCUGUAAUCCCAGCAUUUUGAGAGGCUGAGGCAGGUGGAUUGCUUGAGGUUGGGAGUUUGAGAGGAGACCAGCCUGACCAACAUGGAGAAACCCCAUCUCUACUAAAAAUACAAAAUUAGCCAGGUAUGGUGGCAGCUGCCUGUAAUUCCAGCUACUCCAGAGGCUGAGGCAGGAGAAUUGCUUGAACCCGGGAGGCGGAGGUUGCAGUGAGCCAAGAUCACACUGCUACACUCCAGCUAGGGAAAUGAGCAAAACUCUGUCUCAAAAAUAAAUAAAUAAACAAAAAUAGGGGGAGACUGGAGUAAUAUAUCUAGGCUUUAUGGCUGGCUUUGGGGGAGAGGGGUUCGAGUUUCUCGGACCCAUCUGGGAAAGAGGAAUUGGAAUUUCUGUGGCUUACCUUGGGAGGAGAAAGACGGGCAGGAUGUCAGAGAGACUUUGCUCUGAGGCUGCUUCUGCGGCUUUCCAGUCACUUAGUUCAAAGUACUCUGCAUGCCAAAACACCAUGCUCUGAGAGAUGGUUUUCUGAGCUCCAACAAUGUAAAAAUGUUAAAGGAUUGCAGGUGCUUAUAAUAAGUUUCAGGAAUUGAAGGAUGGUUCUUGGCAAACUAUGCAGGCUCUAGUCAUGUGCAUGUUUUUGUUUCAAUGUGGGAAGCCGGGUCCAGUGAUGCCAGAUGUUUAGAAUUUUCAAGAGAUGAAUAUGUGUUAAAGAUUUUGGCUGGGCACUGUGGAUUACGCCUGUAAUCCCAACACUUUGGGAGACCGAGGCGGGUGGAUCAUGAGGUCAGGAGUUUGAGACCAGCCUGACCAACAUGAUGAAACCCGUCUCUACUAAAAAUACAAAAAUUAGCCGGGCAUGGUGGCACGUGCCUAUAAUCCCAGCUACUCAGGAGACUGAGGCAGGAGAAUCACUUGAACCGGGGAGGCAGAGGUUGCAGUGAGCCAAGGAUGUGCCACUGCACUCCAACCUGGGAGACAGAGCGAGACUCCAUCUCAAAAUAAAAAAGAUUUUAUUUAUGCUGGGUGCAGUGGCUCAUGCCUGUAAUUCUAACACUUUGAGGGGCCGAGGUGGGCAGAUUAUCUGAGGCCAGGAGUUCCAACUGAUUUUUCCACAGAAAGAACUGUUCUGCAGUUGGAACUGGUUUUUCCACAGGAAGAAGUUUGUAUGUUCCCAGGACAGUAUUCAUUUGCAUGUGUGUGGACAAGAACCAUCGCCCAUUGCUGUUAUCUACAAGGAAGAAUUUGUGCUCCUGUAUGGCAGAUGUACCUGAGAAUGACCCUAUGGUCAAGAAGAAUGCGUUUUCUGAGUUUCAACAUACGGAAUCACGGAGUGGCCAGCCUGGAGAUUCACUCUUUAUGAGCAGCAUCUGAACCCUGGGCCUAUCCUGUGGAAUGCUGGCCAUACAGGGAUCAAGCCCUUUGUUUGGGAUUAAAUUGAAGUUUCCAGAUUGAGGUUGUUAUGCGAAGGGUGCUAGUUGAAAAUACUAUAUAAGGCCAGGCAUGGUGGCUCAUGCCUGUAAUCUUAGCACUUUGGAAGGCCAAGGCAGACGAAUCAUGAAGUCAGGAGUUCAGGACCAGCCUGGCCAAAAUAGUGAAACCCUGUCUCUACUAAAAAUACAAAAAAGUUAGCCAGGCAUGGUGGCAGUCGCCUAUAAUCCCAGCUAUUUGGGAGGCUGAGGCAAGAAGAAUCGCUUGACCCUGGGAGGAGGAGGUUGCAGUGAGCCGAGAUGGCACCACUGCAUUCCAGCCUGGGCAACAGUGAGAGACUCUGUCUCUAAAAAAAAGAGGUGGGGGGAGGGGGAGCGGGGGAGGGAGGGAGGAAAAUACUGUAAAAACUGAUGCUUUUUAUUUAGAAAUGUUAGUGGUUCUGUCCAGCCUACCACCACUAGACUGCCCUGUAAGUCCCCUCAGUAAACCUCCUGCCUCAUUCGGUGGCUCUGGAUCUCUUCUGCCUUUCAAACUUGAUACCAUCCCUACUGUAGUUAAUAGGGGUAGGCACAACAGCAUCAAUGGAAAAUUAUGCAUUGUCUAGACAGCACAACCUUCGAGGUUCUAGCCCUUCUUUGUCUUUGAGAAGUCUUAUAAUUCUGUUAAGUUGUAAAUAGCUGAUAGUAAUGCAAAAUCAUUCUUGCUAUAAAUAGGUAAAUUAAUUCUGCCCACCAGAGGGACAGCUUUCACCCAGGUGGAAAAGCCCGUUUUGCAUACAUUUGCACAUUCCUCUUAAAAUUCUUUUUUUCCAGAUAAAUUUGCCCUUCAUUGACUUGACUUUCGGAUUGAUUAUGACAUCUGCUUGGUUCCCUCAUGUAAUUAAAUAAAAUAUUUAACACGUGUUCAUUUGAAAAUUA